CUCUCGACAUUCUCCGAAUCUCCGAAUCAUUCUGGCAACGGGCCGUGCACACACCUGUGCGCUAUCACCCUCCACCGGAGAGUUAACGACUUGGCAAACGAUUGGCCAUAAUAGCAUUCAUUGAAUCCGAAAGAGCAAAUGUCGGGCCUCAUGUCGUUCCCAUUUAAAGGCCACAGCUGCAUUGGCUUUUGCCACUGAACACUAGCACUUACUCGUAUUCGUACUCGUACUCGUACUCGUACUCGUACAUAUGUACUAUACGGAUUGUGGUGUCUACUAUGACGCUCUUACAAAGACUUACAUCCACGGCAGCCAGCACGGCCAGGACAAUUCUCGAGGGGAGCUUUAGCAGCAGCAGCAGUAACGCCAUCAGUAGGACAAAGGAGUCACAGUUCCAGUUGCAGUUAGAGCCAUUCACCGUACCGAUGCCAUUGCUGGAGGCUUCGGCAUCACAUGCCCGAUAUUUGAAUUUCAUUGCCGACGGUCUCGUGGACGACGGUGCUGGGAGUGCAGGAAGCGGCGGCAGCGGCAGCAGCAUCAGCAUCAGCAGCAGCUCGGUCACCAUCGAAGACGUUGUGUCUGGCCGAGGACAGGACAUCAAUGCCAGUGCCGCCGCUGCCGACGACGAUGCCGAGGGCAGCACACAUCUGACAUUCGUCUUCGUCAAGUGUUUCAUUAUUGGUUUCAUCAUACUGGCCGCCAUCCUGGGCAACAUGCUGGUGAUUGUGUCCGUUAUGCGCCACCGGAAAUUGCGCAUCAUUACCAACUACUUUGUGGUUUCACUGGCCGUGGCCGACAUGCUGGUGGCCCUCUGUGCGAUGACAUUUAAUGCCUCCGUUAUGAUAUCGGGCAAAUGGAUGUUCGGCUCCAUCAUGUGCGACAUGUGGAACAGCUUUGAUGUCUACUUCUCCACGGCCAGCAUAAUGCACCUCUGCUGCAUAUCGGUGGACAGGUACUAUGCCAUUGUCCAGCCACUGGACUAUCCGCUCAUUAUGACGCAUCGGCGGGUCGGCUACAUGCUCCUGAUGGUCUGGCUGUCGCCGGCGCUGCUCUCCUUUCUGCCCAUCUGCUCGGGCUGGUACACAACGAGCGAGAACUGGAAGUAUCUCAAGUCGAAUCCCCAUAUAUGCGAAUUUAAAGUGAACAAGGCGUACGCCAUUGUCAGUUCGUCGAUGAGCUUCUGGAUACCGGGAAUCGUGAUGCUGUCGAUGUAUUAUCGCAUUUACCAGGAGGCCGACCGGCAGGAGCGUCUCGUCUACAGGUCCAAAGUGGCGGCCCUCCUCCUGGAGAAGCAUCUGCAGAUAAGCCAGAUACCCAAGCCUCGGCCGAGCAUUCAGGUGGAGCAAUCGACCAUAACGACGAUGCGGAGGGAGCGAAAGGCGGCCCGCACUCUGGGCAUCAUAAUGAGCGCGUUCCUCCUCUGCUGGCUGCCCUUCUUCCUAUGGUAUAUCGUCUCGUCCCUCUGCGAUAGCUGCAUUACUCCGCGUGUCGUGGUGGGCAUCCUCUUUUGGAUCGGCUACUUCAACUCGGCAUUGAACCCCAUUAUCUAUGCAUACUUCAAUCGCGAUUUCAGGGCUGCCUUCAAGAAGACGCUCAAGAGCUGCUGCUCCUAUGCGUUCAUCGAUUGUCGCCCCAGCCACCGGAGGGGCGGCCGGGAUCUGGACUUUGGCGGCCCCAGCAGGAGGGGGACCAACGGGGCCAGGGUCGGCUCGGGAUCGGCCGAAAUGCCCAACUGUAUGAACUCAACGGCCUCCUCGGAGAUACACAUGGGUGUAAUGCGAGCCCGCCAGUACGCCGUCAAUGUGACACCCACCACGGAUGCCCAGCAGCAGUUGCAUCCUCUCUACACCAACUAGUCUCCCUGGGAUGCUCCUCCGCCUCUGUGUGCUUAGUGUGUGUACAUAUAUGAUUGUGUAGUUGUCGAUAGGUGCAAAGCUAUUGCCAGAUUAAAAAAUUAAUCACAAAUUCCCACACUCACUGCAUCGGCAGGAAUUCACAGAAUUUAAACAAAAGCUACAACAAGAACAAAACGACAAUCCCACAGAUAAAAAGUCAGCCUUCAAAGGGUGCAACAGCAAAAAAUUCACAAGGAAAUACAGAUAGAAAUAUUUCGACAUGAAAACGAGCAAGGAAUUCCAUAAAGCAUUCAGUAAGCAUUCAGUUGACAUUUAGAGAAACACAAGUGAAUA